CAUCCUAAACCCUUGACCCACUUGUUCAUCUUAUGGGAUACAGAAAGGAAUGGAAGACGGCUAGGGUUUAUCUGUUUCUGAAAUUCCUGUUGUCAGCCACCUUACUCCACCUAUGCUAGGGCCAUCUCGUCCCCUUCAACUCUGGUGCCAGUGCUUGUUCAUAGCUGUAGAUCUUUUCACAGUCGGACUCAUUGAAUUAUUUGAAGUUCCGAGUGUGGGUUGACUGAGGAAGUUUUGGGAAAAGAGAAAUAUUUCUUAGAAGUCAGAGCAAAGGGUAUUAGAAGGCUGGUGCUUGAUCAAAGAAUCCACACUUCUUGUUUGCAAGAAUGGGUCAGAGUCCAAGUUGCAGAAACCUAAUCACCCUAAGGGAAAACCCAUCACUACCCCACUGCCUUCAAGCCAAGGAUGUCAACUGGGACCAUCUAAUAGUGUGUUCUCUACUGUGAACUUCCAUCAUGGAUCCUACUCCUCAAUCUUUGCUUUUUCUAGGAAAGGUGAAAGAUUUCCUAGGAGUCAUAUCAGAAGCUAAUAAAAAGCUGGAGCUUGAUGUAAAGGACAAUUCCGGUAAGGACUAUGAUAUUGAGGUGCUCACGGGGAAUGAAUCUGAAUACAUUGAAAUGGAUUUGAUGCUGGGUAUUGCUGAUCUGCAGACUCCUGAGGUUGUGGCAGCGGCUGAAUCUUCUAUUGCAGGUUUUCAACCAGUGGCUCCUCUAGCUGCUUGCAGUAGUGGAACAGAAUCUGAAGAUAGCUCUGAUUAUGAUGAUAGUGAUAAUGACGACGAUGAGGACAGCGAUGAUGAUAAAAAUAAUAAUAAAGCAUGCUCUGUUGUGAAACAUAAAAGAUCAAAGUCUGCUCAUGGGGAUUCUUCCAUGGAAGUGCCCCAAAAAAAUAGGGGUUCAAAAAAGCGGCCAAAGAUUGUUGAGCUCUCGUGAGAAUCUUAAUUAGAAGUAGGACAAUGAAAUCUACUCAUGGGGAUUGUUUUCUAGAAAUGAGAGGGAAACCAUCAGGAUUAUAAGGGUUGCAGCAAGCAUGAAAGGCAUUUCUCUGCAGGAAGGAGGGAGCUUCCUGAAUGUCUGAUGAGGCUGUAAUUUAUGCAGCGGUGGGAUUUUUGCUUCUCCAUUAAUAUCUAUCAGGGCAUACGCCAUACCAGACAGCUAAUGGAGAAAACAGUCCUUUGUUGAUCUUUACAUGUGAAGGCCGCCACAUAGAGUGUAUCAAAGGGGGAAGUUAGGGGGAGCAAGACUAGGAGAGUAUGAUGCUUCUAUUUUUCCCUAUAAAUACCCUUCAACCCAACCCUCACUUGUCAUCAAAGAAACUAAAAGAUCGGGGUUGUGUAAGAUUUCACUGGCACUCCUUGUUGGUCUCAUGGGGUUGGCCCUAGCUCACACACCUGUUGUGCCCAGAACUCUCCACAGGACUACGUCGAUGCUCACAAUGCAGCGCGGGCCCAAGUUGGCGUUGGGCCUAUGACAUGGAACGACACUGUAGCUGCCUAUGUCACGCCCCAAGACCCACUCCAAGGGCGUGACAGUUAUUUCACACUUCAAACCCGAAGGCUUAUAGUGUAACCUGAUCCAAAUACUUAUCUUGUAAUCGGAAAUUACUAAUUACCAAGUACUUGUUCAGAGUAGCGGAACAAAUCUAAAAUCCUCAAUAUUCAAUUUCAAAAC